CUUGUAGACCUUUGAGCUGGCCACUGGAGAUUACUUAUUUGAGCCCCACUCUGGAGAGGACUACUCCCGUGAUGAGGACCACAUCGCUCUGAUCAUGGAGCUCCUUGGGAAGGUACCACGCAAAGUGUUCGCUGCCGGGAAGUUCAGCCGAGAGUUUUUCUCCAAGAAAGGCGAGCUGCGGCACAUCACCAAGCUGAAGCCCUGGUCCCUGUUUGACGUGCUGGUGGAGAAGUACGGCUGGGCGCACGAAGACGCCGGCCUCUUCACCCAGUUCCUGCUGCCCAUGCUGGAGAUGGUUCCCGAGAAGAGGGCCUCGGCCGGCGAAUGCCUCAACCACCCCUGGCUCAACUCGUAGCCACAAUGUCUGAUCAGAUGCCCUCCUCCCUUCGUCCCCCCACUGUUAGCCCAAACAUCCCCCCCCCUGGUGGCAGCCGGUGGAACAACAGCAUGGAGAGAAGCUAAAGACAGUCGGAGUAGAUGAUUAUUCUUUCCUGCCCUAUCCCACACAUCCAUUUCAUGCUUAUCUGAGUAGGCUUAAAUACCACACAAGCCCCUCAUACAUUCCCAAAAGGAAUUCAAAGACAAGCAUAUGGAGAUAAUUUGGCAUAGUAGCUGUGUCUUCCAAAACAUCUCCCAAAAAGAUAAUUUAAAGAUAGAUGCUGCUCACGUAAAAGGGAGAAGUCUGGGAACAGAUGUGCUUUGUUCUGCCGUGGAGAGCCAGUCCCUUCCAUCUAAUCUCCUACGAAUUCUCAGUUUUACCUUGUUUGGAUCCAGUCAUGGAUCACUGAGAGCUGCUGAUCUUUUCGAUGAUGUGAAACAAAAGUCAACGAGAAGCUUCAUCUGCCAUGACCUUAACGUAGCUUGGGCCUCAAAGACAAUUGUGUUUAGGAGAAGAUAAUGAGCGCUGAGCUUAAGAUCUAUACAUAGACCCUUCUUCUCUCUUUCCAGCCCUGUUGGCCUUCCUUGCGCUCCCUCACCCUGCUAUGGAAGGACGCACACCCACACCGUACUUAAAGUUUACACCCUGAUUUCUUCCACAAAUCCAAUCCCAAGAAGCCCCUCCUAACUGUUUGGUGUCCCUUCUAUCCACCUUGUAAAUGAGCUAUAUGCUCCUGCUGGGGGCCGCCUCAGAGAACUGGAGGGCAGCCAGUCCUCCAGGGGGCUGACAAAGACUGACAGAUAAAGUGCGGGACGAGCAUUAAACAAAAUACAAUCAAUUCAACACGGAGGAGGACUGCUUGGUCUUAAAAGACUAUUUUUAAAAUGCAUGGAGAGACUGAUGGAUCAGCAUGAACGGAUAUAACAAAUGGACGAUGGAUGCGAUAUUUUAUUUGUGCAUUACGCUGCUUUCUUUCCUGUUUCAUCACCUCUCUUGGACAUUAUGUUAGAAAGACUUGUGUUAGGAUAUUUUGGUGCCCCCUUUGAGUGAGGAAACUAUGUUACAACCUGUUCCCCUUCAGCUUUUGACAUCCCUAAUUCUUGGUCCUCAGCCAUCAUUCCUGAAUUUUAUUCCCAAGAACAAUUCUGUUGAUUCUGUCGUGGCACGUUUACCUAAUCUAUCUGAUUGGUACUAUUCCCCUUUGAUCCCUUAACUAUUCCAGAAAGGGGAUGGUCACAUGGAGGUUGCACUUGUCUUUGUAGAUGUCCUUCAGGGAUUUGAAACCUUUGUACAUAGAACUGAGAUCUUGCAACGCAGACAAGCGACCGUGGACAAAGUUUCAACACACAAGCAUCAUUCCAAAAACAGAGGCUGUCGUUGGCAUAUUUUAACUUCCUCUGACACAGUGGGCCAUCGCUCCGGCCCUGGAGGGAUGUUCAUACUGAAUUGUGCCACCUGGUGGCUGGAUGAGAGUACUGCAUUGCCACACACUGCUGCUACUCUCAGUGCCGACGCUCCGAGACGUUCCACUUUAUCUCUCCACUUAAUCUCUAUUUCUCUGUUACACACACACACACACACACACACACACACACACACACACAGAAACACACACAAGAGAACAUCGUCACAAUUAGUCCAGUUGCCUAUUUUUCGCAAUAAAUGAAAAAAGAUGAGUAUAAGUAAAUGGUGAGAUAUUUUUAAAAACUAUUUAAUUCAUUAAAAAAAGAGGGAAAAAAAUAAAACAACUUUUCUCUGGUUGUUGUGACCGUGACAUAAUCUCGUCUUAUACUGAGGUGAUUGUGUUUGUCUUUUAGAGAUGUUUUGACUUUCUUUUGUCAUUGUUAUUAUUAAUUAUUAUUGAAGAUUUUUUUUACACAGUUGUCACCUCUCCCCUCCCUCCUUACUUGAACAGUGCUGCUCUAUCUGGGCUCUUGAUGGUGAUAAAAGAAAAAGUCAACAGUUUUGCAAUAAAGGGUAUGUGAUGAGUU